AUGGCCUCCUAUGAAUAAUAAUAGCUUGCUUCGUUAAUUGGAUUAAUUUUUGAAAGAAAAUAACAACACUAUGAAGUUCAAAAAGAUAUGGUUAUCAAGUGCAAUCAGCUACAGGAGAAGGCUUGUUAAAUAAAGCAACUUUACAAUGAUAUUGCGGAGAAAGAUAGAAUAAAAAAUAUACUCACGAAUCCUCAAGCUUAAUUUGAUGAUGCAUAGAUAGAACUUCAAAAAAUAAUAGAGGAAAAAGUGCAAAAGUAGCAAGAAACAGAAAAUUUGCUUAAAAAUUUUUUGAAAGCACACGAAAAAAAGUUUGAUCAAAAUUAACCAAAUCAAAUAAAGGUCAACAUAAUUAAUUUAAUCAGAAAUAUAAAUUUUUUCAAAGAAAACGAAUAAGUUUAAGUGUAUAAAUAGAAUGAAAGCAACCAUGUCAAUUAAAUAAUCAGCAUGAUCUCAAAUAAAUCUAAUUUAUGUUCAUCUGAAUUUAUCAACAAAUUCAAAUAGAUUGUCAAUAAAUAUUAGUUUAUUUUUGAUGAUCUAAAAGGAGUUUAAAUAUACAAAGAUGGAUUUUAGAAGCCAAUCAAUUUUGAAGAUUUUUCUGAGUUUUAAAUGUCAUAAAUAAGUAAGUAUUCUGAUAUUAUUCAUAACGGAUAACAGUAAAAUGUUGAGUAAUCUCCUUAAAUUAAGUAAUUUAUGAAGCUAGUUAAUUAAAAGUAAGAGUGUUUGCCAAACUAAAUCAAGGAAAAAAUCUAAAAAGUGUAUUUAAGUAUAUCCCCUUUUUUAGAAGGAGUGGAUUUAACAAUGCCUUAGAAUAUAAACUACCUAUUGGAAUAUCCCUUUAUCAAAAGCAAUUUUUAUAACUCAUAAUAGGAUCUACAAAUUAUAGCUCUUGGAGACUAAAGUAUUCAAUUCACGAAAACCAGUUAGGAGGAUGAUUACUACAACAACAUUAUUUCAACAUUAUUUAUUGAUAAAAACAUUACCUAUUCAGUCAUUUUUGAAGUUUCUUACUAAAAUCAGGACCAUUUUUCAUUUUUCAUAGGCUUGACAACCAAAGGAAAUACAGAUCAUUUAUAUAACGAAAAGUUAUCAUUUUGUAUAGCUUCUAAGGAUCUUAAUAAUGGCUAUGGAAUUGAUUGUGUAAAGCAAGGUGAUAAAAUGAGAUUAAGGAAAAAUUUCAAAUAAUUCUAAUUUAAAAUUAACCUUUCUGAAGGAUUAGUUGAAGUGUCUGACUACCCAAAUAGCUACAACAUUAUCAAACUAGAUGAAAAUAAAAAAAGUACUAUCCUUGAAAAGUCAGGCUUAUAUUAAAUAGGUUUUUCAAUAAGAAGCAAGUCAGAUUCUAUAAUAAUAAAAUAGUUAAAUGUCAGCAUUGAUUGA